GCAGGCUAUGAGGGUAGUAUGCUUGUACCAUAUGUCAUGGUUGGUGAACGCCGUUUGUCAUGGAUUAGGACACCAGACAUGGGCCACAACUGAUCUUUCUCGGAAUAUUUGGUGGAUUGGAAUACUAUCAUUUGGAGAAGGAUGGCACAAUAAUCAUCAUGCAUUUCAGUACUCAGCAAAGUUUGGUUUAGAAUGGUGGCAAAUUGAUAUGACAUGGUAUGUGAUACGUCUCCUUGAAACUAUCGGGGUGGCGACUGAUGUUAAACGACCAUACCAAAUUGAUAUUCAAAGAAGGAUAGUUUGUUACAAAACCUGAUCACCCUUACUCUAGUUUUAGUUAUGGAAGUCCUCUAACAGGUUUUUUUAUUUGUAGUUCUUUUGUAUCUAACUUUAAAAAAACAUUUAGAGGUACACUGAGUC